UUAAUGUACUUGAAAGCAGCACAGGUCCACCCGGUGGAGCUUUGUUAUUGAGAGGUCAUACAUUUUCGCAAAACAACGACUGUAAACCAGAGAGACAAGAUGUCUGAAGAUCUAUCCCUCAACAUAAACAUCAAGGAGCCAAGAUGGGACCAGGGCACGUUCAUGGGGCGCGCCAAGCACUUCUUCAUGGUUACAGAUCCCAGGAACGUUCUUCUGUCCUCGGACACUCUGGAGGACGCCAGAGUGACCAUGGAGAACUACAGAUCCGGGGUGGUAAAGCCUGGCCUGACAGAGGAUGAACUCUGGAGAGCCAAGUACGUCUACGACUCCGCCUUCCACCCCGACACCGGGGAGAAGAUGUUUGUGAUUGGCCGGAUGUCCGCUCAGGUGCCAGUGAACAUGUCCAUCACCGGCUCCAUGCUCACCUUCUACAGGACUACUCCGGCAGUGGUGUUCUGGCAGUGGGUCAACCAGUCCUUCAACGCCGUCGUCAACUACACCAACCGCAGCGGAGACGCACCAAUGAGCGUGAAUCAGCUUGGUGUGGCCUACAUCAGCGCUACUACCGGAGCUGUAGUCACUGCUUUGGGAUUCAAAACUCUAGCUUCGCGUCUCCCUCCAAUCGCCAGCCGGUUUGUCCCCUUCGCUGCGGUUGCUGCUGCUAACUGCAUCAACAUCCCCUUCAUGAGGCAGAGGGAGUUGAAGUUCGGUAUCCCUGUGAUGGAUGAGAAUGGGAACAGGUUAGGAGAGUCCCCCAAUGCCGCCAAGCAGGCCAUCAUGCAGGUGGUGGUGUCAAGGAUCGGCAUGGCAGUGCCAGCAAUGGCCAUUCCCCCUGUUAUUAUGAAUUCCCUGGAGAAGAAAGCUUUCAUGAAGCGGUUCCCACUUCUAAACGCUCCAAUCCAGGUUGGGCUCGUCGGUCUAUGCCUGGUGUUUGCAACUCCUCUGUGCUGCGCCCUCUUCCCACAGAAAAGCUCUAUGAGUGUGAGCGGGCUGGAAGCAGAACUGCAGGAGAGGAUACGAGAGACCAGUCCCAAGACCACCACCGUUUUCUUCAACAAGGGCCUGUAGGAUCUCACAAUACAUCUCCACACACUGCAGACACACACACACACACACACACACACACACACACACACACACACACACACACACACACACACACACACACACACACACACGUCUGUUAUCCCAAGGGCACAAGUGGGAAGGUAAAACAAAAUGUAUUUAUGUUCCUUUUUAGUUUUUUGUAUGUACAAUCUUUGGAAUUUGACACAGCUGCUCCAAGUUUGACAUUGCAGGGUUAAGGCGUUGAGAAUAACUGAAGGUAAAAAAAACAACAACACUCACAUUGCUCUGUACAUAGAUGACACUCCUUCCAAAUGAAAUCAUGAACAGUUUUGAUUGUAUUGUGGUGUGUUUUCUGUCUUCCUUCCUUCCUCUGGUCAAAACUGCCUUUUAGGGGGUCAGUUCAUGAAGUUACUGAUUUGUUUUUCACUCACCAAUAUGUAUAUGUUGCAUUUAGAUUCGUCCAUGUUUUGAAGUACUUUGCUAAAUUGUUGUGCUUAUAUAGGCGUUUGGUUCGUCUCCCUACAUUUAGUUAUCCACUUUCCAAUUAUUUUCAAAUUUUCUGUUUUUGAAAAUAGUAUACUACACUGACUAGUAUGUAUAGAUUCUUGCCACCAAUGAAUUUCCACCUUGUAGUUCAUCCAUGUGGCCAUACUAGAAAAAAUGAUGUUUAUUAGCUCUGAAUAGUCUUUUGUUGUACUCCUUGUUAACCGGAGCAGCUUACUCUUCAUUUCUCCUUUAAGUGUACUUAUACCCCUUUGUGAUCAUAGACCAGGUAAUCAGGUGAGAGAAGAACAAUUGAAAUGAUAUUGCAAAAGCCCUCGAAGCACAGCCGUAGAGGGCAUCAGUGAAACCUUUAGUGCGUGUGCUUCUUAUCAACAUAAAUGAACAGUUGCCAUGGCAGUGACAGCCUUCUGUUGUUUGAGAUCACUUUUUAAACUAGUGCCGUUGCUAUCUUUAGGGUUAUAUUAAUGAAAUAUGUUAUUGUGGUGGUGGUGGUUGUGUCAGGUGGAGGAAUAUUGUUUGUAACGUGUCUACAUGUUGUUGCUAAGAUGAAAUGAUGUGACUUGUGUGUUCUAAGCACAGCCACAUGCAGAAGACAGACAACAAUGUUCUGCUGUUUCGGCCACACUGGAACUGAAGCGUUGAGUGAGCAGGUCGGAGGAAGCUCUUUCAUUUCAGUUCCUUCUUCGGUGAUGCAGGUUUUAUAUGUGCAACCGCUAGCCAGCCAUGUGCGAAACUGUUGUUAGCACUGGAGCCAUUGAUGACCCAAUGUGCCAAAUGGAAAUGGCUGUUGUUGUUGUUGUUGGACAAAAUCAAAAUACGGAGCACAGUGUUUGUUGUUGCUUUGUUGCAGUGGAUAGAUUGGCUGAGUUGAACUGUGUGGUGAGAUAGUGAUGGUGUACGGGAGUAGAUAUCACAUGAAUUUAUCCCAGUGUCGUCUGUUGGAUUAUGCAAAAAUACAUUUUUUUUUAGAUAUAUUUCUAUAUAUAUAUAUAUAUAUGAUGUACAAUAUAUGGAGCACAUAUGCAGGAGGAAUAUAAGAGAUUUUAACUUUAAGGUGAGCCUCUGUUAGUGAAUCCACCAGAUGGCAACACAUAUGCAUCGGAAACAAUGUCAGCUGCUCGUAUUAACGGAGAACAGAGAGAGGGGUUUGCUGCAAACUCAUUAGAGCGAGUGCACCUUUUAGGGCUUAUGAGUUUUCAGAUUAGAGGGGCGCUCCUCUAGUGGGAAUUAACUUGAUACCGUGUACACAGUCACAGAUUUAAAACUAUGAUUCAAUGUUAAUGUAAAGUGAUGUUUUGGGUAAAACUAUACCCAACAUGAAGAUUGUACAAGCCUUUCCACACGUAAAUUCACCUCCAUUAAGCACCUGUAGUCACUGGUUUCUAAAAAGGUGUUAGUGAUGUAUUUAAAGUCAACUGAUUGUGGUGAAGCAUCCGCACAAUGAUUGUGUUUAUAUGUGAUCCUACAAUUCAAGGGUUUAAUCCCAAAGUGCUAUCAGAUCAUUUUAUAAACCCACAGACCCUAUCCUGAAAUACCGUCUUGAUAUGACUCCUCACUUCUUUAGGAGAAUCAUUGUGUUAUUUUGAAAAGAUGGAUGUCUAAUUUGAAAAAGAAAAUGUUUCUUUGAACUCUCCAUUUUCAUUCAAAAACAAACACUCAUUCCCCCAGAUAAUAGAUAACUGUUUCUGUAACACUGAGACAUGAUCACACGCACUGCCGGACAGUGUUUCAGAGUUACAUUCACUACUGUAUUCAAACAUUCGAUCCCAUGGCUGCAUCACUAAGAGAGAGUUGUGUGUUCUGUUUGGGCUGUUUUCCUGCGGAGGGUGAAACUGCACUAUAACCUUUGCGGUGCUGCUUGAGGUGCUAGGAUUUUUAUUGCUAUUUAAAAUGUUUAAUGUUGAUUGUAUUUGAUAAUGGUGCUGGACGAUGUAGAAUGAACUAUGGUUACUGCUAAUUAGUCAUUCUGUCAUUGUCUGGCAGAUUUCAUUGCUCAUAACCAAGUAGCUUUAGCUUGUGCUUUAUUUCCUUUUGUGUUUUUCUUUUCUUUGAAUUAUGCCACGAAAGUGUCAAGAACAAAACUGAAGGUUUUUACCAUUUAAAUACAUUUGUAAACAUCCCAGCUUCGGCCUGUAUCGUACCACCGUAACGUGUCGCACUAAUGGAUCUAGCCAAAGAUGAGACGGGUAUGGAUUGUGGAGGAAUGAGGAGCAGAAAGGUGUAGCUUUGAAUAUUUAUGUUUCAGCUUUAACUUACGAACCUUUUGCCAGACUUUCUGCUGCAAAAACAUGUUUUCCAUUUUAUUUCUUUUUAGAAAGGGUCCUCAACUUUAUCAGUGUAACCCACCAAAUCUUUCAACAAAAAAAGCAACGUUAACAAAUAGCAUCUAUAAUAAAUGCCAACACACAUUUCAGCUAAAAGUCCUGUUUUUGGCAUCGAUGUUACAGCCAUUACAAUAAAAUCUCGUAACAAACAAGAUAGCACAAGUUAAUGUUGUCCCACUGGUUGAAAAGCCACUCAUUUAUAACUUUGGUUGUGUUUGCCAUGAAGAAAAUGUUGAAUCUUUGCAUACUGAAGGCUCGAUGGAAAGACAAUCUGUUAUUGUUACACUCCUUGAAUGUUUUGGUUGUUUCAUGUACAUAAACUUCCACAUGUAGUCCUGUCAGUGUUGGUGCCGUGCUUUCUCUCUAUUUUGUAUUGUGUUGAAAUAUAUAUUUCCAUGAUGUGGAAUGUAUUUUACUCAGAGCAAUAGAAUAAAACAUACAACGUUAAAAGUCCAAA